AAAAAGUGAAAUGGGGGUCAGCAUAUGUAAACAGUACCAUGUUGUGAAAAUGACUCACUAAGUGGGCAGCAAAGAACUGCCUUGAGUAAAUAGAAAAAUGCUCCCCAGUAACUCCAAAAUUCUGCCAAAACUCGCUAAUCAAUUGCAACUUUAUGGAGGGGACAGGCUGAUCCGUGUUUUCUUCAUGUAGGAAGAUUUUAAAAAAUGAAUUUAUAUUGCUUUUACGAGAACCAAGGCUAAAUAAUGAUUCUAAAUGUUAUUUUAUCUGAUUCCUGGUAAAUUACGUAAAUGGUGUGGCACCAUGGCAAAUUAUAAAACAAAUAUUGGCUUUGCAAUAUUUGAACAUAACACCUUGCACUGUACUGAAAUACUGUAGUAAGCAACAUAAAUAUGAAUCUGUAAAUCACAGUACUGUGACAUAAAGUGUUUCUCCACUGUCAUGCACUUGACACAUAAUGUUUCCAUGAUGUCAUGUAAUCAUCUCAUUCACCAAAUAACAUUGUUGGUCCCUAUAAUUGCUACUUAUUCAUAUCUUCCAUGAGGCUUGAGGUCCCCUGUGUUCAUUUCUUGUUCUCUCGUAAUAAAUGGAUAUAGUUUUAAGUAGAAGCAUUCAGACACUCUAAUCAAGGCUGCCUUAAUAUCUUUAAGUACCAUUUUGUUCUCAGGAUCUGCUGCAGAUUUGGCCAAAAUAUUCUGGUCAAUAUUCGCAAGCGCAACACACCCACGCUGUCCCUCCCCCAGAGCAAAGAGGCUUUCACAGAAGUGAAGCGAGCCAGUGUUGAGUGGAAGUCCAGUCAUGUCUGGACGCUUGGGUGUUUGGCUGCUGCUGCUGUGUGGCUGUCCCUGCCUCUGGCUAUCCUCUUUGGCCUCUGGAGCUCUGGUCAUCUCCGGGGAAAAUGAAGCCCUGCGGGAGACAACAGGAGCUGCCAAACGACUGCAGAAAAGAAGUGCAGAUGCGAGCGAGGUGGAGGUGGAGGUGCGCAGUGUGACAGUGGACUGCACUGUGACGUCCCGCUUUGCCCACACUGUGAUGACCUCCAUGGCCUUAAACAAGGCAAACACAUCCAAGGAGAUCUUUUUUGAAGUGGAGUUGCCCAAGUCUGCUUUCAUCACAAACUUUAGCAUGGAGAUUGAGGGUCGGGUGUAUGUUGGAGAUGUGAAGGAGAAAGAGAAAGCAAAGAAACAAUAUGAAAAAGCCGUAUCCUCUGGACAAACGGCGGGACUGGUCAGGGCUUCUGGAAGAAAGAUGGAGAAGUUUUCUGUGUCUGUCAAUAUUGCUGCGGAAAGUAAUGUGACUUUCAUCUUGACUUACGAGGAGCUCCUUCAAAGGAAACUGGGCCAGUAUGAGAUUUUAACCCGGGUUAAGCCUAAAACACUGGUCCAAGAGUUUCGUAUCGUGACAAACAUAUAUGAGCCUCAAGGCCUUUCCAACGUUGAUGCCCAUGCAACCUUCCUGUCCAAUGAGCUGCUCCCCCUAGUGGAGAAAACCAUCACUGACAAAAAGGCACACAUUUCUUUCUCCCCAACUAUGGAGCAGCAGAGGAAGUGUCCUGGUUGUGAUGGAACCCUCAUUGAUGGAGAUUUCGUCAUUAAGUAUGAUGUGAAUCGAAAUAAGAGAUUUGGAGAGAUUCAGAUUGUGAACGGAUACUUUGUGCACUUCUUUGCUCCGCCUGAUCUGCUCAGAGUCCCCAAAAACGUGGUGUUUGUUAUCGACCGGAGUAUAUCAAUGGAAGGCACAAAGAUGACACAGACACGGGAGGCUCUGCUGACCAUCCUGAAGGACCUCCAUGAAGAGGACCACUUUGCACUGAUCCUGUUUGAUGAUAGAAUCGAUUUUUGGAGGGAUACGCUUAACAAAGCAACUGAGGAAAAUGUGGCUGCGGCCAUGGCCUAUGUGAAGAACAUCAGGAGCCGUGGAGCGACUGAUAUCAAUGAGGCAGUGUUGCGUGGAGUAAAGCUGUUAAUGAAAGACAGAGAAGAAAAAAGGCUGCCAGAGACAAGUGCUGAUAUGAUUAUUUUACUGACCGAUGGAAUGCCAAGUAGCGGUGAGUCUCGAACCCCCAAAAUCCAGCAGAAUGUGCAUUCUGCUAUCGGGGGAAAUAUGUCUCUCUUCUGCCUUGGAUUUGGAAACGGUGUGGACUACGAUUUCCUGGACGUGAUGAGCAAACAAAACAAGGGAGUGGCCCGCAGAAUCUUUGAAGCUUCAGAUGCAUCCAUUCAGCUGGAGGGUUUCUAUCAGGAAGUGUCCGCCCCACUGCUGUUAGAUGUGGAUCUACAGUACCCUGACAAUAUGGUGGACUUUGUGACUACCAACCACUUCAGUCAGUUGUUUAAUGGCUCUGAGAUUGUGGUGGCCGGCCGGGUGAUGGACAAUGACUUGGACAACUUUCUAGCGGAAGUCGUUGGCCAGGGGAUGGAAGAAGAAUUCAGGGAGCAGGGUGAGGCCAGUAUUCUGGACUGGGAUGUGAUGUACCCAGACGAGAAGUAUAUCUUUGGAGACUUCACAGAGCGUCUGUGGGCUUACCUCACCAUUCAACAAUUACUGGAGAAAAGCAAAAGUGGGGCACCAGAUGAGAAGGCCAAUGCCACAGCAAAGGCCCUUGAGAUGUCCCUGCAGUACAGCUUUGUCACUCCUCUCACCUCCAUGGUGGUCACCAAGCCCGAGACCGAGGACGGAACUGCCAGGCCCCUCAUCGCCGACAAACUCACUGAGGAACAAAGGCAGCAAGCAGAGAGAAUGGGAUAUCAGUAUCCAGCCUCCCGUUCUUACGCAGCACCUCCCACUUAUUUAGUGGAUGGAGAUCCUCAUUUCAUAUUAGAGCUCCCUGACAGAAAUGAUGCUCUUUGCUUCAACAUUAACAAUGCACCCGGAACCAUUUUCACCUUGGUCAGAGACUCAGAAUCAGGUAUUUUGGUCAAUGGCCAGAUCAUUGGGGACAAGAAGAUUCCCCCCAAUGGGCAAAUAAACACCUAUUUUGGGCGUUUUGGCAUCAUCCACCAAACUUUGGGGAUCAGGCUGGAGGUGAGCACUCAAGACAUCUCAGUGUUCCAGGAUGGCAAACAGAUCAAGCUGCUGUGGUCAGAUACGGUCUCCGUCAAAGGAACCAAUGUGGAUCUUCUGGUGACUAAGGAUCGCAGCCUAACAGUAACUCUCAGGGACUCGGUUAAGUUUGUGAUCCUGUUGCACAAAGUGUGGAAGAAGCACCCGUACCACCGAGACUACCUGGGUUUCUACACCCUGGACAGCCACCUCAUGUCCCCUUCUGUCCACGGCUUGCUGGGUCAGUUUUAUCAUGGGAUCGAGUAUGAAGUGACGGACCUGCGUCCAGGAGAAGUCCCAGAGAAAACAGAUGCCACCAUGUUUGUGAAAGGGCAACGGCUCAACGUAACCAGAGGCUGGCAGAGAGACUUCAGGUUGGAUGUGAAGAAUGGAGAAAAUGUUCCCUGCUGGUUCAUUCACAGCAACGGCUUGGGCCUCAUUGACGGAGAUGCUGCAGACUACAUUGUGCCUGACCUUUUUAAAUCUGUUUAGAUAGGAAAAGAAAACAGGUUUCAGUUACAGUAUUGUGGUAGUUCUGACAACUUCUGGAAUUAAAACUAUUCCAAAGUAGAUGGACUCGCAGAGAUAUCCUAUUAUUGUGCAAAUUUCUCCCUUUCACUGUAACACUCUGGUGAUUUAGUUUUCAUAAGCUUCCUUGUAUCUACUCAGUGUAUGAUGAUAACAUAUCCUGAUGGUUUAAAAUAUCAGUGUCUGAAUGCAGAUGCAAAAAAAAAAAAAAAAAGCGCAGCCGAAUACAAUACUGAACAGCAUAACACCAAAAACACUAACAGUUAUGCUAUAUGCUGAGAAAUUGACACAGAAUGUCUGUCCCAGGGAGCUUAUACAGAGGGGAGAGAGAUUAGUGAGCAGGUGAGAGAGGGAGCACCGGGGAAGGGAGUGGAACUGAGGGACAAGAGUGAAGCAGGUGGUACACGGAAUUACACAGGUAAUGGGCUACAUAAACCACAGUACAAAACAGGAUAAACAAUAAAUAAUGGAAAGUACGAAUUCAACAAAUAACCAGAACAUAAUACACCCAAACUUAAUAAUAUGGAAAUUCUUGUAGUUUUCAGAAGCUGGCUAGAUUUGAAUGGCAAAGUCUUCUGUAAGGACUUUUAUACCCCAUGAUGCUAAAUAAAAGUUUUAUUGGUGGAAAGACCUUUGGUGGAACGAACUGUCCUUUUGCAGGCUAUAACAUGAAAUGCAAACGGCAAAAGCGCUCUCCAAAGAACAAGUUAGUACAAGCUCAGCAUCAUUUCCACGGCCUCACUCUUCAUCCAUUGUAAUCUCCACAAAUUAUACCAGGAGAAGCAACCUAAGCACGCAGAUUCUCGUAAAGGCACUGUGAAUGCCACAGGGGCAGAUGGCCCCUCUUCCUGUAGAACAGUGUGGGCGGAGUAAGUAUGGGAAGGCUCGAUCCCCAAAUGCCUCGAAUUCCCCUCACUUGUUUUCAACUGUGCCAGAGGAAAGAGCUUCCCGUGUUGCGGUCAUGCCCACAAUGUGGAGAUCUGUGCUGCUGGGGGUUUGUGUCUGCAUCUGUGUUCCAGCUCCUGUCCAGGGAGCUCUGGUUAUUUCCAAAAGAGAUGCCACAUCAGAGGAGACCACAGACACCGUGGGCACCAGGUCAAUAAAGAAAAGAAGCACAAGCUCUGAAAAUGUGGACGUGUACAGUGUCGGAGUGGCUUGCACGGUGACUUCUCGCUUUGCCCGCACCGUCAUGACCUCCAAGGCUCGAAACACAGCUAAUUCUACCCAGGAGAUCCAUUUUGAAAUGGAGCUGCCCAAAAGUGCCUUCAUUACCAAUUUUAGCAUGGAAAUCGAUGGCCAGGUGUAUUCUGGACAGGUGAAGGAGAAGGAGAAAGCCAGGGAACAGUAUGAAAAGGCUGUCUCCUCUGGACAGUCUGCUGGACUGGUCAAGGCAUCGGGCAGAAAGAUGGAGAAAUUCUCAGCUUCUGUUAACAUUGCUGCCAAAAGCAGUGUAACCUUCCAACUUAUCUAUGAGGAGCUGCUUCAGAGGAAACUGGGCCAAUAUGAGAUUUUGAUUCGAGUUAAAAUUGAACAACCAGUGGAAGACUUUCAGAUUCUGGCAGACAUCUAUGAGCCGCCAGGACUCACAUCGGUUGAGGCCAGUGCAACAUUUCUUACCAAUGACCUGCUCCCCCUGAUAGACAAAACCAUCACAGAGAAAAAGGCACACAUCUCUUUCUCACCAACAGUGGAGCAGCAGAAGUGUUCGGGUUGCAAAAACAGACUGAUUGAUGGAGAUUUCAUCAUUAAGUAUGAUGUGAAACGAGAAAAGAGCAUCGGAGAGGUUCAGGUUGUGAAUGGAUACUUUGUGCACUUCUUCUCUCCCCCUGACAUGGUCAGAGUCCCAAAGAAUUUGGUGUUUGUAAUUGACAGGAGCGGAUCAAUGUAUGGAACAAAGAUUAAACAGACUAAAGAUGCUAUGGUGGCCAUUCUGAAAGACCUGGAUGAAGAUGAUCAUUUUGGUAUCGUCCUGUUUGAUAGUGAUAUUGAUUCCUGGAAGGACUCUCUUACCAAAGCGACAAAAGAGAAUAUUUCUAAAGCGAUCAGCUAUGUGAUGAAAAUAGAGCCAGAUGCAGCCACUGAUAUCAAUGGCGGUGUAUUGAUGGCAGUGAGCAUGCUAAAGAGCGAAAGACAAGACAAUAAAGUUCCAGAGAGAAGCGUGGAUAUGAUCAUCUUACUGACUGAUGGGAUGCCAAACCAUGGGGUUUCCAACACUCAGAAGAUCCAGAAGAAUGUGCAGUCUGCUAUCGCUGGGAAGAUGGCCCUCUUCUGUCUUGGAUUUGGAAAUAAUGUGGCCUAUUCCUUCCUGGAUGUGAUGAGCAGACAGAACAAAGGACUGGCUCGUAGAAUCUUUGAGGGUUCAGAUGUGGUCGUUCAGCUCAAAGUAGGUUUCUACGAAGAAGUGUCCAACCCAUUGCUCUUUGAGGUAGAACUGCAGUAUCCUGAUGGUGCAGCAGGCUCCUUGACCGAAAACCGCUACAGUCACUUGUUCAAUGGCUCGGAGAUUGUGGUGGCUGGGAGGCUGGCUGAAAAUGACAUGGAUAACUUUUUAGUGGAGGUCUCUGCCAAGGGGCCUCAAGGGGAUGUUCAAGUACAGGAAAAUGCCAGAAGGACAAACUGGCACACGUUGUUCCCAGAACAGGAAUACAUAUUUGGGAACUUCACUGAACGUUUAUGGGCCUAUCUCACCAUCCAACAACUACUCGAGAAAAGUGGCAUCAGUUCUGAGGAAGACAAAGAGAAUAUGACAGCAGAAGCUCUGGAAAUGUCUCUGCGGUAUGGCUUUGUCACCCCUCUCACCUCCAUGGUGGUCACCAAGCCGAAAUCUGAGGAUGGUGCCGACAGCUCUUUUAUCGCCGACAAACUGACUGAAGACCAGCGACAGAGAGCAGAGAGAAACAAAGCACUCAGAACUCCUGCCUCUAGCCGGAAUGUAGCAGAUGUGGAUGGAGAUCCUCAUUUCAUGAUCGAGCUGACGGGCCGAGACGAUGCUCUCUGCUUCAACAUAAAUGACAAACCAGGAACAAUUUUCAAUUUGGUCAAAGACCAAAAGUCAGGUUUUGUGAUUAAUGGGCAGAUCAUCGGCAAGAAGAAUUUCUCUCCAAAUGGCAACAACAAUACCUACUUUGGUUGUUUUGGUAUUAUACAUCAGAAGCUAGGGAUUUGGUUGGAAGUUGACAUUCAGGAUAUCUCAGUUUUUUAUGAUGGCAAGCAGGUGAAGCUGCUGUGGUCUGAUACAACUUCCCUUAAAGACAACAAUCUGGACAUCAGAUUAAACACCUCCAGCAUGACAGUGACACUGAAGCACUCAGUAAAAUUUAUGAUAAUCAAACAUACAAAAAUUUGGAAAAGACGCCACGAGAAGCAAGACUACCUAGGUUUCUACACCAUUGACAGCCACCAUUUGUCUCCUUCAGUUCAUGGUCUCCUUGGGCAAUUCUACAAUGGGGUUGAGUUUGAGGUGACAGAGUUGCAUCCUGGUGAAAUCCAGGAUGAAACUCAGGCCAUCAUGUAUGUGAAGGGACAAAAACUCAACGUGACCAGGCACUGGCAGAAAGACUUCAGCAGGGAUGUGAAGAAUGGAGAAGAUAUCCUCUGCUGGUUGGUUAGCAGUAGUGGAAGAGGCCUCAUCGAUGGGACCGCUUCAGACUAUGUGGUGUCAGACCUCUUUACAGUUUGAAUCUCGAAAACUGUGGCAUGUUAAGUUUAAUUGCCAUGAUGCAGCAGGGAUGCAAUUUUUGUUCGUAACAAAGCAGUGUCUUCUCUAAAAUCCAGUAAAAGUAUAUAAAUGGUCAUAUAGCGUUUCUAGCUGUAGCUAUGAACAGUUUAUCAUUUUAGACCAGUUGAAAUCAAACAUAAUAACAUAUACCUUUUUUUAAUCGGUAAUUAACAUGCUGGAUAAGUAACAAUAUUUUUAGAAUAACUUUUCAGUGAGUGGCAGUAGUAACAUUGUAUGUUCCCUGAAACUUUUAGGGGUUCCUUCAGUCUAUGACUGCAUUUUGGGCUGAACAAAAACGAUGAGAGUUGUUUUCCUCACAGCUGUGGUAGUCAGAUAAAUCAGUGCAUGGUUUGUAUAGCAACUGACUUUAGAUCUAUGUAAAGUACCACGAUGUAACCCCAUUAGAAGCAUUGGAUAAUGUUAUUAAGGUAAACUAUUUUUAUAUUAUUAUUAUUGUCAGCUGUAAUUUUUGUUGGCAGCUAUGUGACACGUGUAUAGCAAAAUGGGACACCAGAGAGCUUCUGCAGGGGGAAAAAAAGUCCUAAUGGAAAGAUUGGAAGAAAUCACCUUGUAAACCCCAUGACUUUCUUUCUUUCUCCAUCUCUUUCUUUUGUUUCUUUCGAUUGUUAUGUAUCUACAGAAAUUUAACUUUGCCAUCAAUUCAGCUGCAAAAUUAAAAGCACCAAAUAUAAAAAAAUUGCUUCAUAAAACAGUUUGGUGACUCAUGUUCUUGUAGAAAGAAAAAUGGGGGGACUCUUUACCGAUCUAAUGAAAAAAUUAGUUCCAUCGUUUUGACUGAUCAAAUAUCUUAAACAGAACAUGCUCAAUAAAAUCAGCUGGCCGUCGAUUGAUUCUCGUCAAAUGAUGUAGCUUUGCCAGAGAUAUAAACUCCUAUGGUAAAAAGGUCUUGGAGAAAGUCUCAGUCUGUAUUCCCACCUGAUGUAAAAUCAAUAAAACUAACCAAAGCAAGAACUGACAGUCGU